AUGAUCACCUUCAAGGAUACCCAACUCGCUCUCAUACACAUCCCGUUGCCUCUGUAUCGCAACUUCCUCCAGUCCAUUCUUCAACUAGUUCUGCCCAAUGCGACGCGCAAGUCUUAUGGGAACGGCUCUGGCGCCGUGCAGCCGCCCAAAGGCUGGCCCUGCGAACAUCCCUUUGUGAAUAUCUCCAUUACACCAGUCGAGUGCUCCAUAGUAUGCUCGAGGACGCUUGCGAGUGAACUAUUUCUGCCUGUUCUCAACCUGCUGGAUCCUGAGUCAAGAGCGUCUGUCAGUAUUACCACAGAUGACUAUGUCGUAAUGCAAGUCGAUGGCGAGGGACUUGAUGCAGGACAACGCGUCUUGGAGCUGACAAGUCCUCUUGCUCUGGCUGGAAUUCCCAUAUUCUUCAUCACCACUUACUUCUCCGACUACAUUUUGGUCCCACUGCGACACCGAUCGCAGGUCGUACAAGCGCUAGAAGAGCGUGGGUUCCAGUUCGAAAAAGACACUUCCUCAUACGUCAACUCCUUCCAACAUGCCCGCAAACACUCAGCCGCAUCACUGGAAGUUCAGCCGCCCAGCACCCCUCCGCCAACCACAAUUUCGGAGCUUCAAACCAGGACCUUCGCUACACUCAAGCGUCGUCACAUCGUUCCCACGGUGGAUUCGAGCAUCCGGCUCGUGCAGUGCGCCGGUCGACGCGACAGUACAAAUGGCAUGUCUCAAGCUCGAAACCGCAACAGCAUGACAACAUCCGCCGACGACGCACUCCACCUCGGUCUCGUAAAAUGCCUCAUCACGCAGCCAUAUCCGAAAUUUUUAUCGCUCACACUAACUGAUACCGAGUCUGCCGCGCUGCUGCUCGACCAAACUUUACUACCGCAUUUCGCGCAAGAUACUCUCCUAGGCUCCAGAGAUGAGUUUUUGACACCCAUCACCUUGGACCUGCGAGGUCUGCCAAUGGAAAGCACCGGUAUCGUGUGCGGUGUAGCUGGCAGAUUAGUCGGCGAAACCACAGGGCAACUGGAGGAUCCUGUUGAGAUGAGUUAUUUGAGCACCGCGCGUGCUGGAACCGUCAUGGUCGCUGAGCAGGAGCUGGAACGUGCACUUGAUGCUCUGCACGGCGCUGAAAGUGGUAUUUUAUCGGCAGAUGAGUAG